AUGUCUAUCCUCGAAUUGGCAAAUGUACGUACCUGGCUGAAAGCUUCCUGUCCAUGUGCCUGGAGCUACGAACUAACAGCUCUGCUUUAGCCGUAUCAUGCGUACACGUUCGGUAUAGCACUCAAUGACGCAGAGUUCUUCGAUUUGUGGUCGUUCUGACGGAAGAUCGGAAUGCAGGUACUGCCUUUUGGUACUUCUUGAGAGGUAUCAUGCGUAUAAUCGACCCUGCUACCGUGAGCGGCUGGUUCCGCCCUCCAGUCCAGGGAAAUCCGACUCCAAACGGUGAGCAUAUGCUCUUCUCAUUAAAACAGACUCAUUCUCGCAGAUGAGAUCUCCUACUGAGACUUUCCCCUUCUCGCGCGCAGAUCUAGAACUCUACACCAUCUGGACCGACGGCUUCGGACUCAUCACCCUCGCAGCCAUCCUGGUCCUCAUCUCCGACGCGGUACCUCUCCCGGCGACCUUGACAGGCUCCGCCUUGGCGGAGUCGACUCCUACCAGGGCGAAGAAGCCUUAUGCGAGAGGUAUUGUGCUCGUCACCAUGUUCCACCAUAUCACGACGGGGUUUGGAGCCUUCCAGCACUGGGUCAAGCCGACGCAUCAUACCGUUGCGAUGGAUAUUGGCGUGUACGGGAAUAUCGGGCUUACGGUGUUGGGGGUGGCUGCGCUUGUGUAUGGGUUGCAGGAUGGUGGUGCGGUCACUGCUGCUAGUGGGAAGAAGAAAGCGUGA